AUGGCGGCUGACGGUUCCCGGCCCUACCUGGGCUCGCCCGGUCUGGCGGAGCGGCACGUGCCUCAGGCCUCGGAGCCAGAGACCACUGAGUUGGGCAGCAGGACCCCGGAUCUGCCCCUGAACCAGGACGCCUGUGUGUCCGUGCCUAAUGCCCAGGCGAUCACUCUGCAGGUGGACAUGGCCAUGGCCCUUGAGCGCGUGGACUUUGCAGAGCAGUACAGCCAGAGCUAUCUCUGUCUCCUGCAAACGGUCUUCUUCGCAGAUUCCGAGCUGCAUCUCUGUGUAAAGGACAUCAGUCAUUUCUUAAUGCAAGACAUUGCAUUUUUGUCCGCUAAGUCUUUCGAAGUUCAUGGUGGCCGGGGAAAGGACAAUGCUUGGAUCAUUACAUUUCCAGAAAAUUGUAAUUUCAGAUGCAUACCAGAAGAAGUGAUAACAAAAGUACUGACUUAUUUGACAUCUAUUGCAAGGAAAAAUGGAUCUGACUCCCGGUUUACCAUUAUUCUUGAUCGAAGAUUGGAUACAUGGUCUUCUAUCAAAGUCUCUCUCCAAAAAAUCUCUGCUUCCUUCCCUGGGAACUUACACUUGGUAUUGGUUCUACGUCCAACCAGUUUUCUUCAACGAACUUUUACAGACAUUGGAUUUCGAUUUAGUCAGGAAGAUUUCAUGCUCAAACUACCGGUUGUUAUGCUGAGCUCAGUUAGUGAUUUGCUGACAUACAUUGAUGACAAGCAAUUAACCCCUGAGUUAGGCGGCACCUUGCAGUACUGCCACAGUGAAUGGAUCAUCUUCAGAAAUGCUAUAGAAAAUUUUGCCCUCACUGUGAAAGAUAUGGCUCAAAUGUUACAAUCCUUUGGAACCGAGCUAGCUGAGACAGACCUACCAGAAGAUAUUCCUUCAAUAGAAGGAAUUCUUGCAAUUCGUGCUGAAAAGUAUCACCUGUUAAAGAAUGAUAUUACAGCUGUAACCAAAGAAGGAAAAAUUCUGCUAACAAAUCUGGAAGUGCCUGACCCUGAAGAAGCUAUCAGUUCAAGAUUUGAACAUCAUGAGCAAAUAAGUGGUGACUGGCAAACUGUGAAUAAAUUGCUGACUCAAGUACAUGAUAUGGAAAUUGCUUUUGAUGAAUUUUGGGAAAAACACCAACUAAAAAUGGAGCAGUAUCUGCAACUAUGGAAGUUUGAGCAGGAUUUUCAAGAGCUUGUGCGUGAAGUUGAACUUCUAUUAAAUCAACAAGCAGAGUUGGCAGAUGUCACAGGGAAUAUAGCUCAUAUAAAACAAAAAAUAAAACAUUUGGAAAACUUAGAUGAAAAUUCUCAGGAUUUGUUAGCAAAGGUCCAGUUUGUGAUUUUACAUGGACACAGACUUACAUCAAAUCACCAUUAUGCACUUGAUUUGAUCUGCCAGAGGUGCACCGAGCUACAUUAUCUUUCUGAUAUUUUGGUUAAUGAGACAAAACACAAACGGAUACAACUCAGCUGGACCUUCGAAAUGCAUAAACGUCUACAGCAGGUAGUGUCAUUGUGCUCUCCAGGCUCUUCAAUGCUGUGAUGAAGUCAGGAAAUAGAUAAGUUUCAGUCUAAAGAAAAUGCUCAGGAAGCCCUCCAAGAUAUCGAACAUUUUCUUGAAAUGGCUCUGCCCUUUAUAAACUUUGCUACUAAAACCCUACAGUAUGAAUUUGAUUUACUUUUAUCCCCUGAACUCAAAAUAAGAGGCUUCUUUUUAAGUAAACACAUUCAAAUUCAGACUGUACAACUCAAGCUUGAAAGCAUUCGAACUGUAUUUGAGAACCAACAAGCUGGUUUCAAGAACCUGAAAUAUGAGCAUGUGAGGCCAAUCCAGUUUGUGGUACCUGCUUCCAACAAAGCGAUCAUACCUAAAGCACCCCUUUUUUCACCUAAACCUGUGGGAGUUGGAUAUUUCUUUCAAGCAUGUAAAUUUUUUUUGAAAGGGAAGAAGACUUGGAAACAAAAUCAGAGCAACUUAAAAAUUGAAGUGGUGCAUGAUUGUCUGGAGAAGAGAAGUUCUGGUCCAUCCUCCAGUUUGAACAAUAACAAUACCUUGGAUGUUUUAAAGAACCAUGUCCUAAAUGAGCUGAUACAGACUGAGAAGAUUUAUGUUCGCGAGCUGUUUACUGUUUUGUUGGGCUAUAAAGCAGAGAUGGAUAAUCCAGAGAUGUUUGAUCUUAUGCCACCUCUCCUGAGAAAUAAAAAGGAUGUUCUCUUUGGAAAUAUGGCAGAAAUAUAUGAAUUUCAUAGCAACCUUUUCAUGAGCAGUCUGGAAAAUUGCAUUGAUGCUCCAGAAAGAGUCGGACUUUGUUUCCUGGAAAGGAAAACUGAUUUUCAGAUGUAUGCAAAAUAUUGUCAGAAUAAACCCAGAUCAGAGGCAAUUUGGAAGAAGUAUUCAGAAUGCGCUUUUUUCCAGGAAUGUCAAAGAAAAUUAAAACACAGACUUGGUCUGGAUUCCUAUUUACUCAAACCAGUGCAACGACUCACUAAAUAUCAGUUACUGUUGAAGGAACUAUUAAAAUAUAGUAAAGACUGUGAAGGAUCUGAACAAUUAAAGGUGGCACUUGACACAAUGCUGGAUUUACUGAAGUCAGUUAAUGACUCUAUGCAUCAGAUUGCAAUAAAUGGCUAUGUUGGAAACUUAAAUGAGCUGGGCAAGAUGAUAGUGCAGGGUGCAUUCAGUGUUUGGACUGGACACAAAAAAGGUGCUACAAAAAUGAAGGAUUUUGCUAGAUUCAAACCAAUGCAGCGGCACCUUUUCUUGUAUGAAAAAGCCAUUGUUUUUUGUAAAAGACGUGUUGAAAGUGGAGAAGGCUCUGGUAGAUACCCGUCAUACAGUUUUAAGCGCUCUUUAAAAAUGGAUGAAGUUGGAAUCACUGAAUAUGUAAAAGGAGAUAACCGCAAGUUUGAAAUCUGGUAUGCUGGGAAAGAAGAAAUUUAUAUUGUCCAGGCUUCAAAUAUAGAUGUGAAGAUGAUAUGGUUAAAAGAAAUAAGAAAUAUUUUAUUGAAGCAACAAGAACUUCUGACAGUUAAACAACAACAGCAGCGUAAUCAGUUAACUGAACAGGACCAGCUUUCUUCUCAACAGAAUGAUGAAAGGCAACAGCAAGCUUUUAUAGUUCCUGAGAUAACUAAAUCAGAGCACACCAGCACUGUGGUAGGGGUCCAUGAGGCAACUUCGACAGUUCAGGCAGAAGCAAAUACAGUUUGGACUGAAGAAAUCUCUGAAAGCCCUGAGUCAUGGUCAAACAACUAUUUUUCCUCUUCCUAUGUUGACAGUGGAGAAGAAAGAACCCUACUGGUUGGUGAAAAAUCUAAACAGAAGAAAAGAAGACCUGAUUCCAGGGGACAGUCUGAAGAUUUAAAUCGGUGA